AUAGAUUUUGACAGGUUGCUGAACCUUGGGUCUGAUUGUUUUCUCGUCUUUCUUCCUCUAAAACGAACGUGUCUUUGUUUUACUUCACGCACGUGAAGAUUAGAGUUUAUCUGUUGUAAUUAUAUACUUUCUACACUUCUCGUCUUUGUCUCUCCAAAACAUAACAAAAUACUUCAUUCAUAUCAUAUGAGAAGAGUGCAAGUAUUGAGUAAGAAAGUGCAAUAAUUAAAAAUUGUCAUACACAAAGUGUAAAAUGUCAACAAUGCAAACGUUACCGCAAAAAAGAUAUUAUAGACAACGUGCUCACUCGAAUCCGAUAGCCGAUCAUUGCUUGGAGUAUCCUAUAAAACCAGACUUGAUGGAUUGGAACACUUUGUAUCCAGAAUAUUUUGAUGCAGAUAAUAAACAAGAAACACAGAAAUGUGUAGAGUUUGUAGAUAUUGGUUGUGGUUACGGAGGUCUGCUAGUUACCUUAUCGCCAAUGUUUCCUGAUAGUUUGAUACUUGGUAUGGAAAUUCGAAUAAAGGUUGCAGACUAUGUUAGAGAUCGUAUUGCUGCACUACGUUGGCAAAGUCCAGGCCAAUACCAGAAUAUCGCUUGCCUAAGAUCAAACGCGAUGAAGUAUCUGCCGAAUUAUUUUCACAAAGGACAGCUAAAGAAGAUGUUUUUCCUGUAUCCAGAUCCUCACUUUAAGAAGUCCAAACAUAAAUGGAGGAUAAUAAACAAGUCACUGUUAGCGGAAUACGCUUAUCUGUUAGCCGAAGGAGCUUUUGUAUAUACUAUAACAGACGUGAAUGAGUUGCAUAAGUGGAUAGUUCAACAUUUUCAAGAGCACCCGUUGUUUGAAGAAGUUGCUAAAGAGGACUUGGAUGCAGACCCUAUAGUAGAGAAAUUGUACGAAAGCACCGAAGAAGGCCAGAAAGUAACGAGAAACAAAGGAGAUAAAUUUUUGGCUAUGUUCAGGAGGAUCGCGGAUCCUUACGUUGUAACAAAUAGCUAGCAGUUAUAUCAGCGACUGUAUAUAGCUGUAUAUACACGUUAAUACACGUUGUCGUAAAAGGAUAUUCUCGCUAUUGACACUGAUUUUGGUAUUUCAACUUGAUGUCCUAUAUCGUGAUGCCAUAAUCGUGUCACUAAAAUGAGAGAAUUAUAAACAUUGAGUAAGUUCAUCACU